GGCUGGAGGAGGCCAAGGAGAGACACCGAGUCCCUCACUCGGCCCCCCGCGUCCCAGGCCCCUGCUUCAGGCCCGGGCUGGAAGGCGGGACUUGGGGAACUGGCCCGGCGCCGCCGCCGCCGCCGCCGCCGCCGCCGCCGCCCUAAUUGCUCCCUGGCCGGCGUGGUGGGGCCCCCAGACUCGGCUCCGAGGCGGCCUGGGUCAAGUGUGGCCGAGACGCUGGCACCCCAGCAGCGGCCCCACCUGAGGAUCAUCCCACGGUCGCGCCCAGCCCCAGCCGCCGGGCCGCAGGCUCCAAGCCCUCCCCCCAUUCUCGGGGGCCUGGCCCCAGGGUCACGUUGAGGGUCCUCGCCCCCCUCGAGCUGCCCGACGGCGGCUCCUCCCUGUCCCCACGGCCCCGAGGAGGGACCCAGCUCACAAUUCCAGAUCUGCCGUCGGGCUGUCCCUGCCUGGAGGGGCCCCUUCUCUCCUCUUUCCCCGAGCACCCGCAUCUUGGAAAGCCUCGGAUUCCGGUCUCGAGCCAAAAGAAGGGCUGAACUCCGAGAACCUCGCCUUGCCUCCAAAGUCCCGGGCCGAUGUCCCAGGUGAGUGGCCAGUGCCCCCCUCACUGCGACGCGCCCCAUGGAGCCCCCAGCGCAGCCCCGGGCCCAGCCCAGACCCCAUCCCUCCUGCCUGGGGUGGAGGUAGUAACCGGAUCCACUCACCCUGUGGAGGCAGCGCUAGAGGAGGGCUCCCUGGAGGAAGCGGAAUCCCCCAUGCCCCAGGGUAAUGGCCCUGGGGCCCCUCAGCCCCUGGACAGUACUGACCUCGAUGUCCCCACAGAAGCUGUGACAUGCCAGCCUCAGGGGAACCCCUUGAGCUGCACCCCACUAGUGGCGAAUGGCUCAGGCCACCCCUCAGAGCUGGGCAGUGCCAGGCGGGCAGGGAAUGGUGCCCUGGGUGGCCCCAAGGCCCACCGGAAGUUGCAGACGCACCCAUCUCUCGCCAGCCAGGGCAGCAAGAAGAGCAAGGGCAGCACCAAAUCUACUGCCUCCCAGAUCCCCCUCCAGGCACAGGAAGACUGUUGCGUCCACUGCAUCCUGUCCUGCCUGUUCUGCGAGUUCCUGACCCUGUGCAACAUCGUCCUCGAUUGCGCCACGUGCGGCUCCUGCAGCUCCGAGGACUCAUGUCUCGGCUGCUGCUGCUGCUGCGGCUCGGGCGAGUGCGCCGACUGCGACCUGCCCUGCGACCUGGACUGCGGCAUUGUGGACGCCUGCUGCGAGUCGGCCGACUGCCUGGAGAUCUGCAUGGAGUGCUGCGGGCUCUGCUUCUCCUCCUGACCGCCGCCGCCCCGCCCGCCCGCGCCGCGGCCCCGCCUCCGGUGGGGGAGGGGGGAGGGGCGGGGCCGCCGCAGCACCGCCUCCUCGCGGUGUCCCGGCCCGGUGGCAGCGCCGACGACCCGGAGUGGGGGGGGCCGGGCUGGGGAGGGAGCCGCGCCUGGCCCCCCCGCCCCCCCCACCCCCGGCGAGAACACUGUGAAAGUGGGGGGCAGGAGCGCGGGCGAGGGGAGGCGGGGCCGGCGGGCUGUGCGCUUCUCUACCUCUCCCGGCCCCUGGGGCCCGCCUCCCUCCGCCCAGGCGCAGCAAAAUGUGAAGUGAGACAUCCCAGCCCGCCCUGGGCCAAGCCUUUCCCCAGUCUCCUUACGGGGCCCUCGUGGGGGGCCUGACUCCUACAGUGACCCCCAAGGUCCCCCAGAGGGCAGGGCUGGGCCAGGAGGGACAGGAACAGUAUAGAAAAGACAGGAAGGGGAGAGGGAGGGAAUGGAGAGUGGGUCUGUCCUAUUUGUUGCUGUAAAUAAAGUUAUUUGUCCGUCUCAGAUCUCCUCCGCACUCAGGAGUAGUGUCUCAAAAGCAAACACUCCCUCUCCCCGCAACACACACACAAAGCACCCAAUGGAUGGAGGAGGCCUCCCUGCCCUCUGGGGUCCCUUCCCUCCUUCAUGUUCCCCUUGAAGGCAGGAAGAAGAGGGGUACCGACUCCCUACCAUUUUUUCCCUCUUCCCGCCAAAGGGAUGGGGAAGUCCAGGGAGGGAAGAGUUAACCCUUGGCAUACAAUUAAUUAACAACAGAUGUGUUCCGGUUUUGAUUAAUUAAUCUCCUGCUGACUCCUGCUUCUCGAAGCCCUUGCCUGUGAUGGCUCGGGGCCUAUGUUGGUGGCAGAGCAGUGCCCGGGGUGGGGCCGACUCUGGCCGGUCGCAGCCUGGGCUUGCUCCUGGGCCACGCUGGGAAGCAAGUGUGGCCUGAGUGGGGGUCACUAGGCCCAGCCGCAAUCCCGGACUGUCAGGGGCCUGAGGAAGAAGAAAACCGACGGGAUUAGCGGAAGCCUCAGAGGCCAUGCGGCCAGCACCCUUCGUGUCUGCAGGGAAGGCAGCCCUCCCCACCCCAUCCUGGGCCUGGAGGAAGCCAGGAGGUGUCCAGGGUGAGUGAGAGGACUGUGCCGUGAUUGGACUCGGAUCCCCCUGAGGAGAAGACAGGGCUGGAGAAGGCUUUCUAAAGUGGAGAAAUUGGUGGGCACUGCUUUCAGAACAAAAGCUAGAGUGGCCAGGAGGGAUUCGGGAAGGAAGAAGGGAGCUCAGAAAAAGGGCCAGAUGAAAUGUGAACUCUUAAGGAAUGCCAUAUGGGGGAGCAGCCAGUGACUGGGAGGUGGGUGCGGUUGCAGCAGGAGGAGGUAGGAAGGGGUGAGAAGGACUGCCCAGACCAUGGUGAGCCUCCCCUACACACACACCCCAACAGGUACACAGCCCUCACUUUGCCAACAGCAAGGUUUCCCUGACCUCUAGGAUCUCAUGGGAAACUCAGGACACAGAGAGGAAGGGACCUGUCCAGGGUCGCAUAGUCAAGACCAA